UGUCCCGCUCAGUGGCUCAAUUGUAGUAAAAUUGAUUAGACGGUUUUGAUAUAAUUUGUUUUCCCCUCAAUUAUUGGUUAAUCGACUGGUUCAUCCAACCAAAUCAAACCCAUCAUCUAUCGAAAAUAGAAAGCUUCUCUAAAGCAUUUAAUAAAAUCUAUCAUGCUCACCACCAUUUAGUGUGGUGUGGAGCAGAGAUGAGAGUCGAUAGAGGGAAAAAGGGGGGAAAAGGAAAAAUUUCUAGGGUUAGGGUUCCACCCAAUUUUUUCAAUUAAUGUUGCGUUUGGGUUCCAUCUAAUUGGAGCUAAGAUAACUAAUUCGCUAAUUAUGCGGUUGAAAAUUCCUUUAAGUUACAUGUGCAGUAGGAAAUUAGGGAGUGAGGGUGAUUUGAGUGUUUGCUGUUUUGAGAUUUUUGGAAGUAGCAAUCAUGAUCAGUUCGAAAUAGGUGAUCUCUAUCGUGUGAAAAAUGGAAGAUGGGGAUAUACAGAGGCCGAAGACAUUCCCAAGAAAUCAAUCAUGGUUGGUGACAUCGACUUUCGAUGGUUGCUGCAAGGUGGGUGUUUCCCCAGGAUGGGUGUGCAAGGUUUGUGUGAUCUUAGUAAAGUGUUACUAGUUUGUUGGCAGAUUUGGAAUGAGAGGAAUAUGGUGGUUUUCCAAAAUAAAGUUUCAAACCCUACAUGGAUCGUUAAGUCUGCCCUCAAUCUUGGGAGGGGUUCAUUGAUGCUGAUGGUGUAAUUCCUAUGCUGUAUAAUGGUAGCGGGUUCCCCCAGCCUUCUUCUUUCCGGUGGUCCCCUCUGACGGUGGGUUUUGUUAAACUUAACUUCGAUGGCUCUGUGGUGAAUCAAGGUGUGGCUGAUGGGUUUGUGAUUAGAAAUGAAAAAAAAAAAAGAGCCUAUUGUUGCCGGAACUAGAUUUAUUGGUCAAGAUACUAUUUCGGUUGCAGAAUGCCUGGCAUUGCGGGAUGGCCUAUGGUUGGCUAAGGCCAAAUGCUUGACUUGUAUUGUGGUGGAGGGUGAUUCAAAACUGGUGAUUGAGUCUAUCAGUGGAGCCUAUAACCCCCUUUAGAGGUUGAAGACCAUCCUAGAGGAUAUUCGUUGGUUUGCGGGGUCGUUUGAGGAGAUUUGCUGGAAGCAUGUCCUUAGGGAAGCAAAUUUUCUAGUGAAUGCUAUAACUAGAGUGGGUUAUUCGGUCUCUAAUUUUCAUAUUUGGGAUAAAACUCUUCUUUUGGAAGCCCGUUAGGCUUUCCUCUUUGAUUGUAUCCAAACAGGUUGCCCUAGGGGCUUUUCUCUUUAACCCAGUCAUUUUUCUAUCCAAAAAAAAAAAAAAAAGCUUCUCUAAAUUAUGUCAUACUCUAUAAAAUGGUUUAGGUUUUGUGUGGAAUGUCCUUUUAGAGACAAUGUUUUUGAGUUUCAAAGCACUUGAAGUGCUUUUUCAUGAUUCAUUUGCAUUUUUACUAAAUAUUGGUUCCAAAACAUUCUCACCAAAAAUGCUUUUAGUCAUUUUAGAAACGCUUCCAAAUGAGCCCUAGUUGCUUGAGAGUUAUAAUAAUAGAGUUACAAAUAUACCGAAUAUGUAAAAGUUGUUUGGAUCAUAGUAGUUGAAAUGUAAGUUAUACAAACAAUAUUUUACACUAGUCACCCAUUGUGAGGCUAAGCUCACUUUCUCCCCUUAGUGUAGAUUAUAUCGUUUGUUAAAAAAAAAAAAACAAUAUUUUACACUAAAUUCAUAUAAAAUAUGGAGAGGAGAAUUUGAAUUUGAGUGAGGAAGGAGCAAAAUGCUCUAGUUAACUUGAUUAAGCUCAAGUCUACAACGAAUAAAAGCUCGUUUGGAAGUGCUUUUAAAAUAGCUGAAAGUACUUUUGGUGAAAAUGUUUUUAGAACCAAUCCUUAGUACAAAUGUUUUUGGAACCAAUCCUUAAUACAAAUGCAAGCAAUUGGUGCUCUUGCAGAAAGCACUUCAUGUGCUUUUGAAAUCUAACAACAUUUUCUCUAAAAGUGUUAUUAGUCAUUUUAAAAGCAGUUACACGUAAGCAUUUCACUAUAACCGGUUGCUUGUAUAAAUUGAACACAUCUUUUCCCAACUGGGGUGUUGCGUCCCAGGUAUAAGAUUUGAUUUAUUGUUACCCACAAAUUCCAAUUUUCUUCCCCAUUAGAUUUGUAUUUUCUAUAUAUACACAAGGAUGGAAAUGCUGGUAGUUCACAGUUCAUAUCAUAUGCAUGAAAGCAAUGCAUAUGGCGAUUUCUUCAAUAUCUUAUUUCACUACUGCCUUUGUUCUUCUUCUUGCACUGGAAUAUCUCGGCCUUGAUCAGCUGGUCAUCGGUAGUACUACUAGUUGUGCUCGGAAUCGCUGCAGACCCGUUAGAGCCAACGACACUGACCUAAUACAGUUUGCUCUCAACUUGGAAUACUUGGAGACUGAGCUUUUUCUGAAUGCUGCUUUAGGCAGAGGGCUCGAUUUUAUCAACCCGAAUUUAACGCUAGGCGGUCCGCCUCCUAUCGGGGCUCAGAAGGCGAAUCUCGAUCCUCUUGUUCGUUCUAUCAUCGAAGAAUUUGGUUACCAAGAAGUUGGUCAUGUCAGAGCAAUAAUUACCAGAUUAGGAGGAUUUCCAAGGCCUCAGUUGGACCUGAGCCGUGAGAAUUUCGCCCGACUAAUGGAUGCAGCGGUGGGUUACCCGUUGAACCCUCCAUUUAACAUCUAUGCAAGUUCAAUCAAUUUUCUCUUAGGAUCUUAUUGCAUCCCUCAUGUGGGACUAAAUGGUUAUGUUGGCACCAUUCCAAACCUCACAAGGCCUGAUAACCGCAGAUUGGUUGCAUCACUUAUGGGGGUUGAGGCUGGACAAGAUGCAGUGAUUCGGGCGUUAGUGUAUAAGUUCGCUUUUUUGAAGGUGUAUCCGUACGAGCUCACGGUGGCUGAUUUCACAAACCACAUUUCCUGGCUGAGGAACGAGCUGGGGAGGUGUGGCAACAAAGAUGAAGGAAUCAUAGUACCCGAGACGUUAGGGGCGGAGAACCGGACGUGGACUAACGUCCUUUCGGCGGAUUGGGAGUCACUGACGUAUGCAAGGACGCAGCCGGAGAUCUUGAGGAUUGUGUAUGCAACUGGUAAUGAGUCCUGGCCCGGAGGAUUUUUUCCCAGAGGUGCAAAUGGCAACAUUGCCAUGCGUUUCCUUAAAAACAAUAUUAUUGCAGAUCAGAAUAAUUUACAAGAGGCAACUAAGCACUGAUUGCCUUCUAGCUGCUUGCUAGCUUAUAAGUUGAUAACUAAGACUGAUACACACACACACACACACACACACACACACUUAUAUACAUAUAUAUACUUACAUUCAAAAUUCCAAUAAUGAUGUAUGACUUAUAGCUGGCUCU